AUGCCAAUCAUUCUGUAUGCAGAUGCUACACUUUGUGACCACUUAGGUAAAACAUCACGGCAUCCAGUAUUUAUGACGCUUGGAAAUAUUCCUUUAGCACGCAGAAAUAAUACAGAUGCCAAAAUUUUACUUAGCUAUAUUCCCAGUAUUGAAUAUUGUAGUACAUCUGAAAAAAAAUCAGCCCAGUAUCAUUCAGCAACACAUGAACUUUUUCACUGUGCACUUGCAACUAUAUUGCGACCAUUAAGAGUACUAAGCUAUACUGGAAUUUAUCUAUAUGUUAACAAAAUUUUUAAAUGGUUCUACCCGUUUUUGGCACUAAUAAUUUCAGAUUGGCCUGAAGCAUAUGCAAUGGGUACUAUUUAUGGAUCAUCAAAUGCAUUACACCCAUGCCAUUUCUGUUUAGUAGAUCGUGAUUCAAUGAAUAAUAUUCAUAUUAAAAAAGAAGAUAUUAUUAUUCAUGAUAAAAAUAAUACUAAAUUGCUUUACGUCAAGGAAAUAAUAGAUAUGUAUAUAUGGAGUCGCCAACAAGGAUAUACUGACUUAGAUCUUAAUGAAUUUGAGGUGCGUCGUCAAAACAUUAUGACUCUUAUAUCAAAACUUUAA